AGGCGGAGCUAGGAAACUGCACAGGUAGCGAUACAGACAAGGAAGUGCCAGCAUUAGUUUCAGUAAUAGCUCCAGCACCGUGCUCACACUAAACACUGCGUCUCGGUGUACGAUCGCAAGGAAGAAAAGGGCUCUGCUGAUGAGGCUGCAGGGUGAUGGGCUUGUCCAAGCGGGUGUCAUUCUGGUCGGUGGAGGAAGUGUUGGACUGGGUGCAGGAAUAUUACCCAGCGCAACUGAACACGCUCCAUACAGCCUUCAUUAAACACAGCAUAACAGGCCGUGCAUUGCUGAGGAUGAAGGAGCACCACCUGGAGCGUCUGGGCGUGGAGUCCAAGGAGCAGCAGGAGAUCCUGCAGGACGUUCUUCUCCUCAGAGUCCAAGAAGAACUGGAGAACCUCAAUGACAUCUAUGCUGAAUGUUUCUCUUCAUAAAGGAAGAUGUAGCUUUGGGAGAAGUCACACAUACUGUUCCUGCCAUCCAUCCAUGUGAAGAAGAGAGAAAGGGGGUUGAUAGAAAUGAGAGGGCUGAGAGAGAGAGAGACAGAGAGAAUGAGUAAAGAGAGAAAAGGAAACCCAUUGCCUGUGAAAUCACUGACCUGUGAAGAUGGGUGAGAUUGGUUUUGUCUGGCUGUUGUCUUUUUGAUCCCUCCUGUCCAUCAGUCUCUCUCUCUCUCUCUUUCUCUUUCUCUCACUCUCAUCUCUCUCAUCCAGGUAUUUUUAUGAAAAUUCUGAUGUAUCGACUCAGAAAACCUGAGUGAAAACUUUACAUUUCCGCUGAAUCUCACUCACUGUUGCAAUAACUUUUUUUGCUCUCUUGCAGAGGCAUUUUUAUUUUUUAAUGAAACACUCAUGAAAACAAAUUUGCUAAAUAGAUAACGAGGCAUGGUUCAUGACCUCCUCACCAGCUGUUGCUCUCAUGUUGUUAUAUGGCCAUUAUAAUGUUACAAAGUGUUUUUUGGUCUUCAUUUUAAACAUGAAAUAUGACCAACAUCAGGUGACAUACCAACAUUUUGCUUGUUUUUGUAUUUGCCGUCUUUUUCUUGUCAUAUAAUAUCACAUACAGACUGAAAUAUAUUUUAUACUCAUGUUGUUGGUUUUAAUCAUCUGUAUUUGUGUUUGAGAUAUUUGUGCUCAUAGUUUUCACCGAUCAGCCACAAACACUGCAGAGGUUUUCUGAGUGAAUAGCGAUCAUGAUAGUGUUACAGGUAAUCCCUUCAGUGUAUUGGAUUUUGAUCUUUAUGCCUCCCAGCCGUUUAUCUGUGUUGAUGUGACUCAACUCAGUUCUGUUAGAAUAUUUUCAAUGACUAUCACUGGCCACUGUAAAAUAAUUUGUACUUUUAUGAGUUGCUCCCAAAUGUAAAUGCUAAUGGUCCCAAUACAUUCAGAAGCAUCUCAGCGUAUGCUGUAUGCAUGACUGCAGUGCAUUUGCACAUUGUGUUGCACAUCUAUGCUCUUGGACUGAAUGGUCAGCGCUGUAAAAUUUUUAUGAUGUAAAAGGUCAAGUUUGUGUCUGAAUAUUUCUUAAUGCCACAGCUAUUCAGAUGAAUAAAAGUGCU